AUGGCGUUUCCAACGAGGACAUCAGGGAGCCUCCGCCAUGUGAUUUUGUUGUUCCUCCCGAUCCCCUACCUCCUCGGCUUCCUCUUCUUCUUCGUUGUCGCCCUCAUCUUCAUUGAGUUCUGCUGUGGCACCCGAUCACGCAAGUGCGACUGCCACGGUUGCAAGGGCUUGAAGAAGGCCAUGGAAUUCGAUUUGCAGCUGCAGACGAAGGAGUGUGUCAAGACCGGGUCUAAGAAGAUCGAUAAGUUGCCCUUGAAGGGCGGGAGUGACGCCAAUCCCGAUUACGAGUGUCUCCAGUCCGAGCUCCGAAAGAUGGCUCUGCCCAAUGGCUUUGCCGUCUUGCUUUUUAGGGCACGGUGUGGGUGCCCCGUUGCCAAGCUUGAAGGCUGGGGUCCCAAGCGAGGUCGUCGGCAUAAGAAGUGA